GUGGGGGUAGCUAUUUAUCUAGGAGUGGCUGCCGUUAAACAUUCAGACACACCACUGUCUCCCCUUGCCUUUCCUGUUAAAGGGGACAGGUUACAACCAAAAGCAACAGAACUCUUCAAAAAACACUGCAGACAGGAUGUACUUUACAUUCCCUUCAGUGAAACGCACAACUGCUCAAAUAACACAUUACAGACUAUACCAGAAGGUCUCAGCAGUUACUGAAGCCAAAAGGAUUACUGAAGAAUGAAUGUAUUUCAUCAUAUUUAUGUAAACGAGAAGAGAUUUCACCACUUCAAGAGCAUCAUUUUUUAACUACUUGAAGGAUGCAUGGUACAAGAAAACAAAUAACAUCAUCCAUCUAAAGAAGACUGUAUAUAAUCUUAAAUUGUAUAUAUUCUGAAGGUACGGGUUACAGCUAGGUAGCUCCGAUGAAGGAAUUUGACCACAUUAAAAGUCUUGGCACCAAAAUGAGCCAGAAAGACAGAGAGUCAGAAAGCUGCCAGCCACUUGUAGUCAGCUCAGAAGAACUGGAGUGUAAGAUCUGCUACAACCGUUAUGACACAAGAACUCGCAAGCCCAAAGUGUUGAGCUGUCUUCACAGAGUUUGUGUCAAAUGCCUAAAAAAGAUUGUAGACAUUGAUGGCUCCUCCCCCAGUGUCAUCAGCUGCCCAUUCUGUAGACAUGAAACCCAUGUCCCUGAUGAUGAAAUUCACCUGUUGCAAGAUGACAUCAAGAUUAUUGCUAUCCUUUCAUAUCAUGAUAAGUUCAAAAAGCAUGGAUCCUGCAUGCCUUCAGAAGUGGUUUUGACACCCAAUGGUCUACAGCCCCUCAGUGAGCAAUCCCAUAGUUCCUCAGACUGCCUCAUCAUAACGAUCACAGAACUGCCUAAUGAAGCACCACAACCAGAGUCCGUAAGCAUGCUUAACCUCAUGAGGUUCUACAGACCUUCCAGUCUUGACUCUUUGCCUUGUCACUGCCCUGUUCAAAAAUGUCGCUCUUGCACCUCAAGAACAUUCCCCCGCUGCAUUAUUGGUGCACUGUGUCUCAUCUAUUUCAGCUCUUUGCCUCUUGGAAUAUAUCUGCUUAUGAUAAGCCAUUUAGCGCUUGGGAUUGUGAUGGUUAGCCUUGUACCAUCCACUCUGAUUCUUUGUGUUUUUUGUGGAUUCUGCCAGUGCCUCUGUCAUGAAGCUAUGGAGUGUUUGUCUACUUGACUUUAUCAGACUUAUUAAUAAAUUGUACUUUAAUCAGGUUGUGAGACGGUACAAAAACUUAAGGUACCUGUAGAGAGCUAAGGUGAAUGGUCAUCUUACUCCUUUGCACUAAACUUAAAGACUAUCAGAAAGUCAUGAAAUAUGUUUCUUGGAGAACCAAAAUAUUACAGUCAUUAGCUUGUUAAGUUUCCUAUAGACCAUAAUUUGAAUGCAACCAUACAGACAGAGGAUAACAAUCUACUUUCAAAAUAGCCUUUUCAUCUUUUAUAUUCAUUCACCUGUAGUAGGCAUUUCAGACCAGGAACUUCUGUAGUAAUAAGAGACAUGGUUCUGUCAGCCAAAAGUUCUUUCUUACCAUGGCUUUCUGGAACUUUUAGGUCACCAGCAUUAUACAGUUUUGUAAUUACAUUCAUCAUCAUUCCUGGGAGCCAGAAGUAAAAGGGCCCGAUAAGACAGUAGGAGUAGGGAGGGCAUAUCUGUUAACCUGGGAGCAUCCUAUUAAUAUAAGAUUAAUAAAUUUGUUUUCAGUUAACGGCAGAUGACAGGAUAAAAGAUCACAGUUUUAGCUCAUAAAUUGCAGGCUGCUUGGUUAAAUCCCCCCACCGUUACGCAACAUAGAGUUAAUUAUAACCAGUGGGAGAGGAGCAGGCAUUGCCCUCAGAUGAUAGAUUCUGGGCAAAAUUCCAUGCAGAAAAUACUUAAGAAUUUGUCUGAUUGGUUAGACAGUCUGCAGCUGAAAUUGCUGUAAUGUCUUCAAUCUGAGGUGCAAUCUCUCUUUCCCUUUUAAUCCAAUGCCCUAAUCCACAUUUCUGUGUAGCCAUUACCUGGUAACAGUCAGCCCACUUAACAGAACAUUCAGUUACAGAAUGACAGCAGCAGUUUACUGGGUCAUGUUAUCCUACCACUAAUACCACAACUUUUAACAAUUCUAGACCUAUCUCAUGGGCCACACAAUAGUUCAGUUAGUGCUUUUACUGUUUUUAGUUAAAUUAUAAAGAAAUCUCUUUCCCCCUUACAUCAGAAUUCACCUCAGAUGUCUAAGCCCAAAGCCAAGGGGUCUGUCCAUAUACUUCCAAUAAACUGUAACACUUUUCUUUUCCUGCUUGGAUUUCAGAGACAGCUGAGUGAGUCCUCAUCAGGGAUGUGUAUUUCCUGACGUGUGCUCAACCUGGCUUUGAUAAUUAGAGGUAUGAUAGUGGUUCUAUUCCUCAAUAUGACCUUGUCUCAACUAUAAGUAGCAAUGUGAUUCAGCUGCUAAACUGAGCAACAUGAAACCACUGCUCACAAAUCAUCUGUGUAUCUACUGAUGUUUGCAAUGUGAUGCGCAACAAAUGCAACACAGUUUCAUUAAAGCUGUUAAUGUUGUAAGGCUCAGCACUGUAUAGAUACAUAUCACACACACACACACACACACACACACACACACACACACACACACACACACACACACACACACACACACACACACUACAGCCUGGGCCAAAGUUAAGCAGCACGUUUUUUCAGAGGUGGGAAGAGACCAGUGUACCUAGAAAAAACUCAUACAUACACAAGAAGAAUACACAAACUCCUUGCAGUGAACAGAGGUCAGAACUGAGUUCUGGACCCUAGAUCUGUCAGAAAGAAAUUUUACCACUAAAUCACUGCACUGCCUGUGUACUCACAUUUUUGCAUGUUAUAUAUUUAUGCAGUCAUCUGUACCCAAGAGGUUUCAUUGUAUAACUGCCAUAAUCUUUUACUUUUUGUUCCCAAACUUUAGCUGCUUCUGAUAAAAAAAAAUAAAUAAAAACAA